UGUGAAUAAUCCACCCUCUCAAUAUGGUGUAGAAGAGAAAGGGGUCAGAGACUCAGAGGCCGACCCCCAAACCCCACUACGCCUGUCUUUGAACUCCGUGUUAAGAUAUAUCAAACAAACAUGUAAUAAUGUGACGGUAAACUCGGCCUUUGCAUGUGAUAUUCCCUCUCUCUCCCCUCUUGUCUUCUCUCUCUUUCUCUUCUGUAACGGAGUAGUCAUAGUCGUAGUAGUUUAUAGCAAUUCGGACAACAGGGUUGCAGAGCCAAAUCGAAGAACAUCGAGAUCUUCCUCUCUCUCCGUUUUCUCAUCCAAUCAACUCCUUCCACUUCGCAAUGAAACCGAAAGCAGUUGUCAAUCCUCUCGUCACCUUCGAGCACAAGAGGGAUGCAUAUGGAUUUGCAGUCAGACCACAGCAUUUACAAAGAUACCGAGAAUAUGCUAAUAUCUACAAGGAGGAAGAGGAAGAACGAUCUGAAAGGUGGAACAUCUUCCUGGAACAGCAAGCAGAGUCUGCUCAGCUGCCUGUAAAUGGCUUAUCAGCUGACGAACAUAACAAGGCAUUGCAUGGUGAAGCUACAGAGAAGGAUGUAGAUGCUAAUCCAGAGAAAGUGGUUCAGAAACUUGGUUCUGAUGAUUCAAACGAAAAUGUUACAGAAAAGGAGUCACAAGGAGUAGCAGAGACAAAAACCCACAGGAUCCAGAUCUGGACUGAGAUUAGAACAUCCCUUCAUGCAAUUGAGGAAAUGAUGAGUACUCGUGUAAAAAAGAGGAGAGAUUCAUCAAAAAAUGAGAAAGAAACUGGACUUGGAAAGCAUCAUGCUCCUGUUGAAGAGGCUAGAUCAUUAAAAGGUGUGUCAGAAGAGGACUCUGAGGAUGAGUUCUACGAUGUGGAGAGGUCAGACCCAGUCCAAGAUGUCCCUUCAAGUGAUAGUUCGAAUGCCUCUGCAACAGCUUCUGCUGGUGAUGUGGUCACUUUGGAAACCUCAUUUCCUUGGAAAGAAGAGCUGGAGUGCCUUGUUCGAGGGGGAGUGCCAAUGGCUCUCAGGGGGGAGCUUUGGCAAGCUUUUGUGGGUGUGAAGGCACGCCGAGUGGAGAGGUAUUAUCAAGAGCUGCUAGCUUCAGAACAUAAUGUUGGCAAUAAAGUGGAGCAGGAUAGCUCACAAACAGACAGCCUCACUGAUGGGCCAAUAAAGGACUCUUUAACUGUAACUGAGAAAUGGAAAGGGCAGAUUGAGAAGGAUUUGCCUCGAACAUUCCCAGGUCAUCCUGCUCUAGAUGAGGAUGGUAGAAAUGCUUUGAGGCGUUUACUUACGGCAUAUGCUCGACACAACCCCUCUGUAGGGUACUGUCAGGCCAUGAAUUUCUUUGCAGGCUUAUUACUACUCCUCAUGCCUGAAGAAAAUGCUUUCUGGGCUUUGAUGGGCAUUAUUGAUGACUAUUUUGAUGGCUAUUAUUCAGAGGAAAUGAUAGAAUCUCAGGUGGACCAACUUGCUUUUGAGGAUUUGGUGCGAGAGAGACUACCUAAAUUGGUUAAUCACCUGGAUUUUCUGGGAGUGCAGGUGGCAUGGGUUACUGGACCGUGGUUUCUUUCCAUUUUUAUGAAUAUGCUUCCAUGGGAAAGUGUUCUCCGGGUCUGGGAUGUGCUUCUUUUUGAAGGAAACCGUGUCAUGCUAUUUAAAACAGCACUUGCUUUGAUGGAGUUAUAUGGACCUGCUUUGGUUACCACUAAGGAUGCUGGAGAUGCAGUUACUCUGCUGCAGUCACUGGCUGGCUCAACAUUUGAUAGCAGUGAACUUGUCUUGACUGCUUGCAUGGGUUACCAAAAUGUAAAUGAAGCCAGACUACAAGAGUUGAGAGAUAAACAUCGAGCCGCUGUAAUAGCUGCAGUAGAGGAGAGAUCGAAGGGGCUUAGAGCUUGGAGGGACUCAAAGGGUCUUGCACAUAAGCUAUAUGGUUUCAAGCAUGAUCCAGGUUCACUAGCGAUGGAUGCAAACCAAACAGAACAAGUGGUUGAUUCACAGGCAAAUGGUGAUAUGUCUCAUAUGGAGCCUGGGUCUGCUAAUGUGGAUGGCUUUCUUAUUGGUCUGACUGAGAAUGUAGAGAUAGAUUCUGUUCCAGAUCUUCAAGAACAGGUGAGGUGGUUGAAGGUUGAAUUAUGUAAGCUGCUGGAAGAGAAAAGAUCUGCUCUGCUCAGAGCUGAGGAGCUGGAGACAGCAUUGAUGGAGAUGGUCAAACAGGAUAACCGGCGGCAAUUGAGUGCAAGGGUUGAACAGUUGGAGCAAGAGGUUUCCGAACUCAGGCAGGCCCUUGCUGAUAAGCAGGAACAAGAGCAUGCUAUGCUUCAGGUAUUGGUGCGGGUAGAGCAAGAACAAAAGUUAACUGAAGAUGCUCGCAGGUUUGCUGAGCAAGAUGCUGCAGCCCAGAGAUAUGCUGCUCAAGUGCUUCAGGAAAAAUAUGAAGAGGCGAUCACUUCUCUUGCUCAGAUGGAAAAGAGGGUGGUUAUGGCAGAAACAAUGUUAGAAGCUACCUUGCAAUACCAAUCUGGGCAAGUUAAAGCACAGCCUUCUCCCCGAUCACAUCAAGAUUCCUCUUCAGCACGAAGCAAUCAAGAAACACCACAAGAACUGCCCACAAGAAAGAUUGGAUUGCUAUCUAGACCAUUUGCACUUGGCUGGCGUGACAGGAACAAGGGGAAACCUGCUAGUGAGGAGGUGAGCGAUGCAAAGCCUACAAAUGAGGUAGAGAAUCCAAGCGCCCAGCAGGUAGAGAGUCCAAGCACCCAGCAGAAAGACGCCAAUGGCCAUGAAGUGCAGGAGAAACAGUAGAGAGAGGGAGCGAGAUGAAGGUUAAUUAUUUGGAGACCCAUAUAAAUUCCCUAUUUUACAGCCUCAAAUUCUUGUGUAUCAAUGCCAGCUGGGGGGAGCAGAGCAGCAUAAAUAUAGCUCCCUUAUUUCUUAAUCCCUUUUCUUUUUCUACAUAGCACCAAACAUAAAAGCUCAUAUCCAUCCAUUGUUUGUUCAUUAACUGGUAAUAAUAAUAAUAAUAGUGUAGAGGAGAGAGAAUGUAGCAGAAACAUGGGGAUUCAUGGUUAAAGCAACUGUAUAAUCUUUGCCUGCUUUA